UGGCAGUAGAGGUGUUCUGGCUUUUGGGAGGCGGGAUUUAGCCUCGCUUAACCAAUCACAGACUGGCGGGUUCACAGUUGAAAGGUUACAUCCAAUAUGGCGGCUAAUAAACGAGUGCUGUAUGUUGGUGGCCUGGCAGAGGAGGUGGAUGAGAAGGUUUUACACGCAGCUUUUAUUCCGUUUGGAGACAUCACAGACAUCCAGAUACCAAUAGACUAUGAAACCGAAAAACACAGAGGAUUUGCGUUCAUCGAGUUUGAAUUGGGAGAGGAUGCCGCGGCAGCUAUUGAUAACAUGAAUGAGUCUGAGCUUUUUGGAAGGACUAUCCGGGUCAACACCGCCAAGCCCAUGAGAAUCAAAGAAGGUUCUUCUCGACCAGUGUGGUCGGACGAUGACUGGCUGAAGAAGUUCUCUGGGAAGACUGCAGAGGAGGCUGAUGGGGAGGCAGCGGCAGGAGAAACGACCAACACUGCAACACCGGAGGCUGAGCCUCCUGUUAAGAAGGGCAGAGUUAAUCCUCAAGUCUACAUGGACAUUAAGAUUGGAAAUAAGCCAGCGGGGAGACUACGCUUCCUCCUUCGGGCUGACAUCGUUCCCAUGACAGCAGAGAAUUUCCGAUGCCUGUGCACGCAUGAGAAGGGAUUUGGCUUCAAGGGAAGCUGCUUUCAUCGUAUAAUCCCGCAGUUCAUGUGCCAAGGAGGUGACUUCACCAACCACAAUGGCACCGGCGGCAAGUCCAUCUACGGCCGGAAGUUUGAUGACGAGAACUUUGUCCUGAAGCACACGGCGCCAGGGCAGCUCUCUAUGGCCAACUCGGGGGCAAACACGAAUGGCUCUCAGUUCUUCAUCACCAAUGACAAAACCGACUGGCUGGACGGGAAACACGUGGUGUUUGGUGAUCUGGUGGAGGGGAUGGAUGUGCUGCGUGCAAUGGAGGCUGAGGGAAAUAAGGACGGCAAGCCGAAGCAGAAAGUCAUCAUAUCUGACUGUGGAGAACUUGUGUGAAAGAAAACAAAUAUGUGCUUUUUUGUAUGUGUCAAUUCUGGUUAGUGUAUGUCUGAGACCACAAGUAUGUUUGGGAUCUUUUGUACUUUGAGCACAUGUCAUCUGCCAUGUAAAUAUUUCAAUAAACCUUGUUUUUUAAAAUAAAGAAGCUACA